AUGCGAGAUUUCUCUUUUUCUAGACGUUAUUUCCUUUCUGCAGGAAUCUUGUUGGUUUCUAAUGUUGCAUUUUAUUAUUUUUUUAAAUGGAUUAUUAAAAGUAUGGAUCCAUUUGGAGAACAUAAAGCACGAAUAAAGGAGAAAAGCAAUAAAAUUAUCCUUAGAUUUCGAAAAGAAUAUGGUUUAUUUGAUAAAAAGUUAGAUUUGAAUGAGUAUGAAAGAGUGAUUAUGACAGAAGUUGUUUUAAAUAAAGAUAUCAAUAUAACUUUUGAUAUGAUUUGUGGUCUUGAAGAUGUUAUUUCUGCGUUUAAAGAAACCAUUAUUUUACCUCUUCAUUACCCAGAGCUUUUUGUAUCUUCCAAAAUCCUUCAGGGUCUUUCAAAAGGUGUUCUUCUUUAUGGGCCUCCAGGUUGUGGAAAAACAUUGAUUGUUAAAGCUUUAGCGUAUCAUUCUAAUGCAACGUUUAUUAAUUUACAUAUUUCUACUCUUACAGAUAAAUGGUUUGGUGAGUCAAAUAAAUUGGUUGCUGCUCUUUUUUCUUUGGCUAAGAAGCUUGAGCCAACAAUUAUUUUUGUUGAUGAAGUUGAUUCUUUUUUGGGAAAAAGACAAAAGAUGGAACAUGAAGUAAUGUCUAUGAUUAAAGCUGAAUUUAUGAGUAUGUGGGAUGGGUUUUCUACUGAUGAGAACUCUAGAGUUAUAAUCAUUGGUGCAACUAACCGUCCUAAUGAUAUAGAUGAGGCAAUUCUUAGAAGAAUGCCAAAAAGAUUUUAUAUUCCUCCUCCUGAUGCUUUUCAACGAGAAAAAGUUUUAAAAUUUUUUCUUUCAGAUGUUAAGUUGGAAACUGGUUUUAGUUUUGACUUUCUCAUUUCGAAAACAGAAGGAUUUUCUGUUUCUGAUAUAAAAGAGUUGUGUCGCGAAUCUGUAAUGUUUCCUGUUCGUGAAUUUAUUGCAUCAAAUAAUAACUUGAAUAAGAAAAAUAUUGAUGUGAAAGAUAUUAAGAAUCAGAUACGCUCAUUAGAAAUAAAUGAUUUUAUGUUAUCUUUUGAUUCAUGUAGGAUAUUUAAAAAUAAUUCUAGUUUUUAUGACAUUGGUUUGGAUUAA